GAAUUUAUUUUUUAUUAAAAGAUUAAAUAUCAAAAAAUAUCCCUUCAAUUAAUUAAUUUUUCACAAAUAAUUAAUUAUCUUUUUAACAAAAAUUAUUAUUUCAUUGAUUCAUUAUUCUUAAAUGAAUAUUUUUAUAAUAACAAUUAUUGAUUCAUUCUUCUUGAAUGAAUAUUUUAUAAAAAUCAUUAAUUUACAAAUGCCUCAAUCUUAAAAAUUAAAGAGUCCCGUCAGUAAAAAUCUAGAACCAACAGGCGGUUGCACUGUCCUUUAUACAUGUGCAAAAGGUCAUUCAUUUGUGAUAAAGAAAAUUCUAAAACUUUAUCACAAAUGUAGAAAAAAGAAGCAGAUACGAUUUAUUCGGCUUUAUCAAAAGACCUUUAGAAUUCGAGCCUUGCAAAGGUCAUUCAUUUGUGAUAAUGAAAAUUCUAAAACUUUAUCACAAAUGUGGAAAAAAGAAACAGAUACGAUUUAUUCUGCUUUAUCAAAAGACCUUUAGCAUUCGAGCCUUGCAAAGGUCAUUCAUUUGUAAUAAAGAAAAUUCUAAAACUUUAUCACAAAUGUGGAAAAAAGAAGCAGAUACGAUUUAUUCGACUUUAUCAAAAAUGAUGACCUUAGCAUACAAGGAGAUGUCACAUUCUUUAUUUAAUUAUGAUUUUUAUAAAGUAUUAGAUAGAAAAGUAUUAGAUAGAAAAAAUUCUAAAACUUUAUCACAAAUGUGGAAAAAAGAAGCAGAUACGAUUUAUUCGACUUUAUCAAAAAUGAUGACCUUAGCAUACAAGGAGAUGUCACAUUCUUUAUUUAAUUAUGAUUUUUAUAAAGUAUUAGAUAGAAAAGUAUUAGAUAGAAGUAAAUUCAUUUUGUUUAAAUAAAAAUAUUUUAAAUCAGAAUAGUAAAAAUACUUAUGCUCGAGAUACUUAAUAUACUCUACGUUAUUUAUCUAUUAAAAAUAUUAAAUAAAAGUAAAUUCCAAUUAAAUAAUUACAGUACUAAUAAUUAUACUUUCUAAAGGAAAUUAUUCUUAUAAAUGUACCGUUCAGAGGUGACCAUGUAUAUCAUAAAUUGUUGAAUGAGAUUGUUGUCACAUUAA